AUGUCAAAUCCUCCCUCCCUUCCAGAUCCUGGAUCAAAUCCAGUUGAGGAAACGGCCCUGGCAUGUGGUAGAUUGGUUUUACCGGCUACGGCCUCUUCCGGCACGAGUCCGUCACGGCCUAUGCCUGAACUAGAGAGUGUAACUCCAAAAUUUCCAGCUUGGAAUGACGCCGCUGAGGCGAUACAUUGGUUUGUCCACGUGAGAGCAGCUCUGAAAAGCGUUGUUUAUCGAUAUUGCGACCCGUUGAGAAGGUCUAUUGCUAUCUUUGCUCAAAUCAAUGCGACUCAAUAUAGCGACUACCAACCCUUGACUGAACAGCUGAACAGUGUUCGGAUUAUGUGGAAAAUGUUUGCGAGUCAAAACGAUGUUACGCCAGGGUUUUUAGAGAGCUGUGUGGUUUCUUCUGAUUUCAACGGUGCAGUGAAGCGUAUGAAAACACCUAGAACGGGGUCAAAGGAAAGUGCUUCCGAAGUGAGACAGCUCCGAGACCUGACCAGAGGCAUUAUUGAGGAAGCCUGUGUGCUUCAAGGGCUCAUUGAGGAGGCAAACCUGCGUGAAUCGCUUGGGGAUACAAAACAUGAAGCAGACAGCGAAGGGAAUAAGGAGGAGGAUGAUGAAGAGGAGAAGGAAGCGGAGGAAUCAGAGGAAGAGGACAACCACUACUAUCCCUUCAAAGUACGACUUCCCGAGGAGUUAGAUUUGACGCAAUUCGAUGCUGUUUGGACGAGUGAGGAUGGGUAUCUUGGCGAUGUCCCGGAGGAACUUAAAGAUUAUUUAGAAUGUACUCGCGGUGCACAGAUGAUUGGCUCUAUUCGAAGCAUCUUUUGGCUUGAUGGCAUCCAAGAGAUGGUGGAUGCUAUUUAUGACCCAGCGCUCGUAAUAGAAGAUGAAAUAGCCGAGUGUCCGCUUGGAUGUCUGCCUUGA